CAUACUGCACACCCCAUUCUUUCCUCUUUUUUUCACCAAUCUCUCUCUCUCUCUCUCUCUCUCUCUCUUACCACACGCCAUUUCCAAUUAACCUUCGUUUCUCUUUUCACCUAUCUCCAUUUUCUCUCUCCUCCUUCAAACCUUCAUCAAUGGCUACGCGACUCCUCCGCCGCACCUCAACCUCAACCUCCAUCGCAUCUCCCCUCAGCAAACUCCUCCUCUCUCGCCUUCACGCAACAGAUACCGCAAAAUCAUCACCACUAACCUCCAUGAAGACCUUCUCAAUCUAUCGAUGGAACCCCGACCAACCUUCGAAACCAGAGCUCAAAAACUACGAGAUCAAUCUCAAAGAAUGCGGUCCAAUGGUUCUCGAUGCGCUCAUCAAGAUCAAGAACGAAAUGGAUCCUUCCCUCACCUUCCGCCGAUCUUGCCGCGAAGGAAUCUGCGGCUCCUGCGCUAUGAACAUCGACGGCUGUAACGGCCUCGCUUGCCUUACGAAGAUUGAAUCUACUGGUACUUCUAUGGUUACCCCGCUUCCGCAUAUGUUUGUGAUCAAGGAUUUGGUGGUGGAUAUGACUAAUUUUUAUAAUCAGUAUAAGAGUAUUGAACCGUGGUUGAAGAGGAAGAAUGAGGCAGCUACGCCAGGGAAGGAGUAUUUGCAGAGUAAAGAGGAUAGGAAGAAGUUGGAUGGGAUGUAUGAGUGUAUUCUUUGUGCUUGUUGUAGUACUUCUUGCCCUAGUUAUUGGUGGAAUCCUGAGUCUUAUUUGGGUCCUGCUGCUUUGCUCCAUGCUCACCGAUGGAUAGCUGAUAGCCGAGAUGAAUAUACUGAGGAGCGACUAGAGGCUAUAAAUGACGAAUUUAAGCUCUAUAGGUGCCAUACAAUUAUGAACUGUACUCGUGCCUGCCCAAAGGGUUUGAACCCUGCAAAGCAGAUCCAACAAAUCAAACGUCUCCAGAACUAGUUGUUCGGUGCUUGAUGUUUAGGUUUACGUUUAUUGUUUCAGUGCAUGAUGUUAAAAUGAAACCGCAACCUGGAAUAUUGAUGGUCAACUAGCUUGAUUGUGCAGCAAAAUAAUUUGGUCUGGAACCGCGUUUUCUUGAUUUGUGCCCGUGCUUGUCCUGUAUUUGGAAAGCAUUUCUCGUUCAAGUGAAAUGUAUUCAUCAAGUGACCAGGGGUUAUUAAUAAUUUUAGGCUGUGAUUUAUGUUUUGUUGUUUCCUUUUACCCCUGGUGAGCCCCAUUCUAUUUCUCGACAAGAUUGUAUAAGUAUCCUACCUUGAUAUUGACUUGAUAUUUGAAGACCCGUCUCGGAAAUUUAUACUCAAUUUGGACAAGGCUACCAUGUUUUCUUUUA